GCCGUGGGUGCUUAAGGUACAGCAGCUUGCUCGCGACAGGUGCGCGAGGUAGAGCACCGGGGACCCAUUGCAGAGCUGGUAACAGCUCAGAGAUAAGACAGCUCUUAGCCAGGUGCUUCAGGAUCUGUAGACAAGAUGGACUCAACUCCAUUUAAUAGACGGCAAUGGACUUCACUAUCAUUGAGGGUAACUGCCAAAGAGCUUUCUCUGGUCAACAAGAACAGAUCAUCGACUAUUGUAGAAAUAUUCUCCAAGUACCAGAAAGCAGCUGAAGAAGCAAACAUGGAAAAGAGGAGAACUAACACUGAAAAUCUCCCCCAGCACUUUACCAGGGGAAUCCUGACUGUGUUAAAGAAGAAGUGGGAGAACCCGCUGCUGAGAGCCAACUCUCAGACAGACGCUCCGCGGAACAGCAGCACAGAGAUUAGGCACAGAGUCGACCACCCUCCCGCUGAAGUGGGAAGCAGCCCUGCUCCUGGAGCCGAAGCUGACCCAGAGGAAAUAGCCCAUCCCAAACCUAAAGUGGAUUCACCUCCCGAAGCCCUUAGUCAGUAUCGGUAUCCCCGCUUCGAGGACAGUGACGAUCUUGAAGACCACUCGGCAGAAAGUAAGAAGAUGGAAAAUUGUCUGGGAGAAUCCAGGCAUGAAGUAGGAAAACCUGAAAUUGGCGACAACACAGAAGCUGCAGGCAAAAUAGAGAAAUAUAAUAUUCCGCUGAACAGGCUUAAGAUGAUGUUUGAGAAAGGCGAAUCAACUCAAACCAAGAUUCUUCGGCCUCAGAGCCGAAGUGCAGGUGGAAGGAGGACCUCUGAAAACAGCUUUUCUCUGGAUGACUUGGAAAUAGGCCCAGGUCAAUUGUCAUCUUCUGCAUUCAACUUGGAGAAAAGCGAGAGUAGGCGAAAUCUGGAGCUCCCACGCCUGUCAGAAACCUCCAUAAAGGAUCGAAUGGCGAAGUAUCAGGCAGCUGUGUCCAAACAAAGCCAAUCAGCCAGCUUUACAAGUGAGUUGAGAGCCAGUGGUGGUGAAAUCAAAACUCAUAAAUUGGAGCAAAAGGAAAAUGUGCCCCCAGGUCCUGAGGUCUGCAUCUUUCAUCAGGAUGGAGAAAAGAUUUCUGCAACUGAGAAUAGCCUGGCAUUCCAUUCCACCCCUGCUGAAGAUGACUCCUGUAAUUCCCAGGUUAAGAGUGAGGUCCAGCAGCCUGUUCAUGCCAAGCAGCUAAGUCCAGAUGCCAGAGCCUCCAGCCUUUCUGAAAGUUCUCCACCCAAAGCAGUGAAGAAGUUUCAGGCACCGGCUCGAGAGAUCUGUGUGGAAUGUCAGAAGACAGUCUACCCAAUGGAGCGUCUCUUGGCCAAUCAGCAGGUGUUUCACAUCAGCUGCUUCCGUUGCUCCUAUUGCAACAACAAACUUAGUCUAGGAACGUAUGCAUCUUUACAUGGGAGAAUCUACUGCAAGCCUCAUUUUAAUCAGCUCUUUAAAUCUAAAGGCAAUUAUGAUGAAGGCUUCGGCCACAAACCAUACAAGGAUCUGUGGGCAAGCAAAAAUGAAAAUGAAGAGACUUUGGAAAGACCAGCCCAGAUUUCAAAUGCAGGAGAGUCCCCUCAGAGCCCAGGGGUGGAAGAUGCCCCCAUUGCUAAGGUAGGUGUGCUGGCUGCAAGUAUGGAAGCCAAGGCCUCCUUUCAGCGGGAGAAAGAAGACAAGCCGGCGGAAACCAAGAAGCUGAGGAUCGCCUGGCCACCCCCAACUGAACUUGGUAGUUCAGGAAGUGCCUUGGAGGAAGGGAUCAAAGUGUCCAAGCCCAAAUGGCCUCCUGAGGAUGAAAUCAGCAAGCCUGAAGCUCCUGAGGAUGUAGAUCUGGAUCUGAAGAAGCUAAGACGAUCUUCUUCACUGAAGGAAAGAAGCCGCCCAUUCACUGUAGCAGCUUCAUUUCGAACCACUUCUUUCAAGGACCCAAAAAGCUUGUCCCCACCUAUCAGGAAAGGCUGGAGCAUGUCCGAGCAAAGUGGGGAGUUUGUGGAAGGAAUAGCAGGAGAGAGGAAACAAAUGGAGAAUGCAAAGGCCUCAGAGAAGAGUGGGAGUGUGGGAAAAACAACGUGGCAAAACAAGGAAUCUAAAGGAGGAGAGGCAGGGAGGAAAAGCAAGGAAGUUCAUAGUUUUGAGACAGGGAGUGAGAAUCUUGUAGAAAACGGUGCAAACUUAGAUGAAGAUGAUGGAAACCUCAUCAAACAGCUAGAACCCAAGUUCCCAAAUUGUUCCAGCUUUGUAGACAAGACCUCCACUUUAGAAGAUACUACUCAGGAUCAGAAAUCCCAGGAUGUGGGAUUCUGGAAGGGAGAAGUGGUCAAAGAGCUGUCUGUGGAAGAACAGAUCAAGAGAAACCGGUAUUAUGAUGAAGAUGAGGAUGAAGAAUGACAAAUUACAAUGGUGCUUGGCCUUAAAUUGGUUUUAGUGUUAGUGAGCCGUUGCCCUUUAUCAAAGUGAUGCACAUAAACAGGUAUGAUAGCAUGAACUGUAAUUUAUGUGGAAGUAACUUUGGAAAAGAAUUCCUGCUUCAAAAAAAUCCCAUACUGCAGCUUAAAUGAACCAAUUCUAAAUGCUAGAGACAAUAUUACUUCAACUCUCCAUUUUAACGAUGAUAUGCAUAAAGUGUUUUAAGUUGUUAUAAAUACAGUCCAACUGUUAUAGUCAGGAUCCCCAUAAGGCAGUGUUAAAGUAGAUGGAUGAUUACUAUUGAAGAUUUAGGGAACAAACAGAAGGGAUUUAGGGUCCUAAACAUUAUGACUGAAUGCACUUUAGUAUAAAGGGCACAGUUUCUUUAUUUUUUAAUGAAUACCAAUUUAAUUAUUUAGUAUUCAUCUUUUGAGAGAUAAAAUAUUUAGUCUUUAAAAAAAAUUUUAGGUUAAUUUUCUUAAUCUGAUAUAUAGGGGGAAUUUAUUGCCUUUCAUUCUGCUUGUUAAACCACACCCUGAACUGGAUUAUUGAGGUAUAACACAGCCAUUUUUUGCAGAGCACCUGUUGAGGGAAUUAAGAAUCAACCCAGAUGCUUUGGUAUUUGGGGAGAUCCAUUGCCUUCCAAAUAAGCUAUGGUAUUUGCCAAUUAGUUUGACUAAACCCUCAGUGAUUGCUUUCUUCUCUGAUGGUAGCUGUGCUUCCAAUAAUUUACUGAAAGCUGCAAUAUUUUUACCAGACUUUUUGGAUUGCUGUUCAUUAUGCUCCAUGCUUGAGCAAAGUGAGGAGUUUAAAGGUAUAAUAGCAAAAAGAACUGCCUUAAACCACUCGUGCUCAGAUCUCCAAAAUCUUUAUUCCACUUCCGAUUUCCCCUUUCUGAGACACCAGUUUUUUAAUACUUAUCAGCUCUGAAAUGUAUUGAUUUUUAUGGCAGACAGUAUUCCCAGGGUGAAAUUAAACCAACUAUAGGCCUUUUUCUUGGGAUGGUUUUCUAAUAUUAAGGCUUUGGAACAUUAUAGACUUGAGUACAUUUAUAGUACAUAAUAUUCUAAAUUGUAUGUGGGGUGGGGAGAGGCAUUUUAAGGUAUAGGCUUUGUACUGCAUUUUUAGAGAUUUUGCUCUAAUGUUUUUUAGAGAUGUAAAAUAUUCUGCUUUCUUACAGUCUUGCUUAGUCUGAAACAUUUUUAUUCAAUAAAGCUUUUAAUUUACAUUUGAA